AUGGAAGGAACUUUCUUAAUGUCUGAUGCUCAACGAGCACACGACGAUGGCUUCACUGUCAAACAAAAACCUAAUCUCAUCGUGGACCAAGCUAAUGAAAGUGGAUGUUUUGAUUGCAACAUCUGUCUAGACACAGCUCAUGAUCCAGUCGUCACUCUCUGCGGACAUCUCUUCUGCUGGUCUUGCAUUUACAAGUGGUUACAUGUUCAGUUAUCUUCCGUCUCCAUUGAUCAUCACCACCACCACCAGAACAACAACAACAACAACAACUGCCCUGUCUGCAAAUCCAACGUUACCAUCACCUCAUUGGUUCCUCUCUACGGAAGAGGCAUGUCUUCUUCCACUCUAAACUCCAAGAAGCAAGAAUCAAACUCCGCAGAAAAAAUACCAAGAAGACCCUCUCCAUCAUCAAUCUUAACCAAUCCAAGCUUGCAACAACAUCAAACCUUGCCUCCAACGUUUCACAACCACCACCAAUAUUCACCUCGCGGCUUCACCACGACGGAAUCAACCGACCUUGCCAACGCGGUGAUGAUGAGUUUCCUCUACCCGGUGAUCGGAAUGUUCGGGGACUUGGUCUACACCAGGAUAUUCGGAACCUUCACAAACACGAUAGCUCAGCCUUACCAAAGUCAGAGGAUGAUGCAGUCUGAGAAGUCUCUUAACCGGGUAUCCAUAUUCUUCCUUUGCUGCAUCGUCCUCUGCCUCCUUCUCUUCUAG